CGGAAGGACUAUGAGGAUGAAUUCUAGAAUUGAUCGUUCCAAUCCACAUAAGGAUGGUAUUUGGUUAGCUGUAUGUGUGCCUAGUGGAAUAGUAUUACUAUUGGUUGAGUAUACAGUGUUAAACAAGCUGCCAGCCACUCUGCACCAUAUACUUUCCCGCACCAUUGGAACGUAUAUCUGUUCGCUCAGAAACAUAUAUAACAGCGUUCCUUCGACACUAUAAGUACUUUACUUGAAGAUACUAAGGGUGAUUUAACUUAUUUCGAAUAUGUCCGGCGUCUAUUAAUGAGGGCUAGCGUGCCUGAGAAUGGGUGACAUGAAUGAUGCUGAAUUGCACUUCGCCACACGAACCAUCUGGGUUGAAUCGCACAAUAAGAUCAUUUAUUGACCUGUAGUCCUUGGCCUACUAAGGCGGUUUAUAGUACUCUCGGUGAAGAAGCCCAUUAUGGGUAGGUUCGUUGCUACUGACG